AGGGUGGUGGGAGAAAAGUUCAGUUAAAUAAAAUAAUUAAAUGAGAAAAAAGUGCUUCGGUUAGAACGAUAGUACAUAUAACAAGUCGCCAAAUGAGUGAUAUCUUCUUUGUUUCUGUAGAUUGAACCAACCAACGAUUCCUUCCUUGUUGCUUCUUCUUCUUAUUCUCUUUUUCUUUGAUGGUAGCAUUGGGAGGAGGUUUUUCCAUGGUUAACACCACCAUGGUUUUCAGAUCAGAGCUCCAACCAUUCACACCCGAACGCUUCCUUGGCAUCGAUUCAUCCUCCUCUUCUUCUCGUCGAAGGGACCUAGUUUUCAUCGUCAACCCUCAAGGGGCUAAUGGAAGGACUGGCAGAGAAUGGAGGAAGCUAGUUCCAUAUCUACGGUCUCGCCUUGGUAAAGAAUGCAAUAUAUGUGAAUCCUUAACUUCAGGCCCUUGUCAUGCUAUUGACAUAACGAGAGAGGCUAUAAGGGAAGGGGCUGAUGCUGUCAUUGCUGUUGGAGGUGAUGGAACUCUUCAUGAGGUUGUUAAUGGAUUUUUCUGGGCUGGAAAACCUGUUGCCAGUCAAAUGAAUGAGUCUACGCGUUCAACCGUUAUGCAGCUCAUCCCCUUGGGAACUGGUUCUGAUUUUGCAAGAACAUUUGGAUGGAAAAAUGAUCCCUGUGAGGCCAUUGAACGAGUUGCUAGAGGGUUGAGAUCAAAGAUAGAUGUCGGAGUUAUUAGUGGAGAAAGUUGCGAACAUCAUUACUUCAUAAAUAUUGCUGACAUUCAUUUGAGUGCGAAGGCAGGUUUUCAUGCUGCUAGGUACAAGAGAUUUGGAAAACUGUGCUAUGUCAUUGGUUCAUUGCAAGCCUUCAUGGGGCAUCAAAAUCAGGAUCUGAGAAUCAAGUUCAAUGAAGGCGAAUGGGUUACAUUUCCUCAAGUGACAGCCAUUUGUGCCGGUAAUGCAAAAUACUUUGGCGGUGGCAUGAAAAUUACACCAAAUGCUGAUCCUUUCACUGGAAGUUUAGAGGUUGUGAUUCUUCAGGAUUUCAAGUGGUAUGAUUUUGUCAUGAAAUUACAUAGGCUUUACAGCGGGACACAUCUCUCAGUUAAAAAUGUAUCUACAAGAAGUGUACUUUCUAUUGAGGUGGAGGACGUAUCAGGCAGCGGUGGCAUUUAUAUUCAAUCUGAUGGAGAGCAUUUGGGAUUCCUUCCAAAAAAGAUUGGCAUUCUUCCCGCUGCUAUUGAGAUGAUAUUUUGAUCCCUCUGGAGUAUAACAGAGUCGGCAAAAAGGGAUGCUUUGUAAUUUCCUAGAUUUAAAAAGAGGAAGAUUGUGUUUCCAUUGUGUAGGCAUCAGAAUAGGCUUCUUACCUUUUUCAUGGCCUGAGGGAGAGAAGUCAUAAUUUUUUUGAAUUGUCAAUGGGUUGACAUUUAAUUUAUUGAAUUUUUGUAACAUGUUUCUAUAGUUUUAGAAUGUAAAAAAUUGUACAGAUUGGAGGUUUAAAAUAGUUAUCAUCCGUCUCUCCAAAAUUUUUCAACUUUUCACUUGUAUGACACUGUCAACUGUCAAUUUAUUACUCGAAUUAUCGGCCUUA